CGUAAGUUAGUUGCCCCCUUUAUUGAGUCUGCGCUUUGUUGUGCGCAUACGCUUUGUGCCGACGAAGUGAUAAAAAAAAUCCCAAUAUUUGGUGUAUUUAUCUUUCAUAAGUGCUGCUGGCAUCACGAAAUACAGAACAUAUCAAGUGACAUGGCCUCAGGGGAUGAUGGGGGGAUGAUGCGGGCCACUCCCCCGGGUCCAGCAUAUCCUCCCCAGCAACAGCAGGAUAAUGUGCAAAAAAUUCACAAGGCCAUGAAUCAAAUGGAGGAAAAGGGAAUGCAAGAUGAUCCAAGAUAUGCACAAUUAGCAGCUAUGGCUGACAUGGCUAGAAACCAAGGAAUGUCUGGCCAGCAUCCUGGUAUGGGCCAUCAAAGAAUGGGAGACUACCAGGGCAACAUGAUGCAAGGAGGUCCACCUCAUAUGAUGAGUGGUGGAUCUCAAAGUAUGGCUGGAGGAUCACAAAACAUGGGUAGUGGCCAGCAGAACAUGAUGCCAGGAAUGGGUGGUCCCCAGCACAGAAUGGGAGGUAUGCAACCAAUGCCUCAUCAGGGGCAGAGUAUGAACCAAGGAAUGACACCACAAGGUCAAACAAUGGGACCACAAGGUCAAAGUAUAGGUCAAGGAAUGCCACCACAGAGUCAAGGCAUGACCCAGGGAAUGCCACCACAAGGACAAAACAUGGGGCAGGGAAUGCCACCUCAAGGGCAGAAUAUGGGUCAAGGAAUGGCACCCCAGAGUCAAGGCAUGGGUCAAGGAUUGCCAAAUAGCAACCCAGCAAUGAAUAACUCGACAAUGUCUGGCUCUAACACUGGAGGAAGUUAUAGUCCUAUGGGUGGACAAGGGAUGCAUGGAAAUCCCAACAUGGCUGGCCAGGGAAAUAUGACAGGUUCUCAGUCAAUGAAUACUGGAAUGGGAUCAAAUUCACCACAUCCCAUGCCACAAGGCAGCUCCAUGCAACACAAAAUGGGAAGCAACAUGCAGCCAAUGGGAGGUUCUAACAGGCCAGACCAACAAGGACAACAAGGUAUGCCAAAUCAAAUGGUAGGACCAGGAGGAUCUCAAGGUUCAGCAAGGCCAAUAGCUUUUAAUUCUCAGCAACUGUCACAGCUUAGGGCUCAAAUUAUGGCCUAUAAACUCCUGUCAAGAAACCAGGCUAUUCCAGAUAAUAUUCGAAUGGCUGUAGAAGGCAAACGAUAUCCACAAAUGCAGCGACCGCAAGAUUCGAGUGGUAGAAUGGGACAACAGCCAGGGCAGGUUCCCAACUCUCAAGUCUCACACAGUCAGUCCUUUAGCUCUGGAUAUUCAGGAGGUCAAAUGACGCAAGUUCCACCAAACACUGGUGCUAGUCAGCUCCCCCAGAGACCUCCAGGACAGCAGCCAGGUGCUCAUACCCAGACAGGACCUCAAGGGGCCGCUCAUCCACCAUCUACACAGUCCAUAAUGCAACAGAAACAUAGCAAGAUUGCGCCUGUUUCCAAGCCACAGGGACUUAAUCCAAUUGACCUACUGAAUGAAAGAGAAAAUAGAAUUGCAGCUAGAAUUUCAUGCAGAAUCAAAGAAUUGCAAGAUCUACCUGCGACAAUGCCAGAAGAUAUGAGAACCAAAGCCAUGAUUGAACUGAGAGCUUUGAGGCUCCUCAACUUUCAGAGACAGCUAAGGAGUGAAGUGGUUUCCUGCAUGAGGAAAGAUACAACAUUGGAGACUGCUUUGAAUACAAAGGCAUACAAAAGGAACAAGAGACACUCUCUGCGUGAAGCCAGAGUCACAGAGAAGUUGGAGAAACAACAGAAAAUUGAACAGGAGAGAAAGAGAAGAGCCAAACACCAAGAAUAUCUUAAUGCUGUUCUGCAACACGCUAAAGACUUCAAAGAGUUCCAUCGCAAUGUCACGAGCAAGAUAGGAAAACUUAACAAAGCCAUGAUGGUUCAUCAUGCUAACACAGAACGUGAACAGAAGAAAGAACAAGAGAGACUGGAGAAAGAACGUAUGAGAAGACUUAUGGCCGAAGAUGAAGAAGGUUAUAGGAAGUUGAUUGACCAGAAGAAAGACAAGCGUCUUGCCUAUCUGCUGGCUCAGACAGACGAGUACAUUUCUAAUCUGAUGACACUGGUGGCUCAGCACAAAGAGGAUCUGAAGAAGAAGAAACAGAAAAGGCGUCGAAAGAAGAGGGAUGACAAGACAGAGGAUGGGGAUUCUAAUAUGAGUGAGUUGAGAGUGUCUGUUAUUGACACCACCACAGGAAAAGUGCUCACUGGUGAUGAUGCCCCAUUGUCAAGUCAGCUGGAAGCCUGGUUGGAACUUAAUCCAGGGUAUGAGGUUGCACCACGUGAUGAUGGAGAGGAAUCUGGAUCAGGAGAUGAGGAGGAGGAAGAGCUGGAACAAGACGGUUCAUCUUUACUUCCAACACCUGACAAAUCUUUGCCAAAGCUCACCAGCCCUGAUGAUAUUGAUGAAAAUCUAGCCCAAGUAGUCAUACACCACGCCUCUCGUGAAGUGGAUGACGAGUACCACCGCAGUGCAAAGGCAGAGGAAAAGAGCUACUAUGGAGUGGCUCACACUGUCCAUGAACCAGUCUCAGAACAAGCAACCAUCAUGGUCAAUGGCAAACUGAAAGAAUAUCAGAUUAAAGGACUGGAAUGGUUGGUUUCUUUGUAUAACAACCAUUUGAAUGGAAUAUUGGCUGAUGAAAUGGGUCUUGGAAAGACCAUUCAGACAAUUGGUCUGAUUACCUAUCUUAUGGAAAGGAAAAAAGUCAAUGGACCUUUCCUGAUCAUUGUGCCGUUAUCAACAUUAUCAAAUUGGGUGUUGGAAUUUGAGAAAUGGGCUCCUUCAGUGAUUAAGAUUGCUUACAAAGGAUCUCCUACAACCAGACGCUUAUUGUCACCACAACUGAAAGCUGCAAAGUUUAAUGUGCUUUUGACAACAUAUGAAUAUAUAAUCAAAGACAAGGCUGCUUUGUCUAAGUUGAGAUGGAGAUACAUGAUCAUUGAUGAGGGACAUCGUAUGAAGAAUCAUCACUGCAAGCUGACUCAGGUGUUAAACACCCAUUACUGUGCUCCCCACCGUCUCCUCCUGACCGGGACACCUCUUCAGAACAAACUUCCAGAAUUGUGGGCCUUGUUGAAUUUUCUGCUGCCAAGCAUUUUCAAGUCCUGUUCCACAUUUGAGCAAUGGUUUAAUGCACCAUUUGCCAUGACUGGUGAAAAGGUAGAGCUGAAUCAGGAAGAAACCCUGCUGAUUAUUAGGCGUUUACACAAGGUUCUGAGACCUUUCUUGCUCCGUCGUCUGAAGAAAGAGGUUGAGUCACAGCUUCCUGACAAGAUUGAGUAUGUCAUCAAAUGUGAGAUGUCUUGUCUCCAGCGAUGUGUUUACAGACACAUGCAGGCAAAGGGAAUUCUUCUAACUGAUGGAUCAGAAAAAGAUAAGAAGGGUCGUGGUGGAUCUAAAGCUAUGAUGAACACUAUCAUGCAGUUGAGGAAGAUUUGUAAUCAUCCGUUCAUUUUCCCACAUUUGGAAGAAGCCAUUGCAGAACAUCAGGGAGGCACAGGUGCCUCUAUUAGUGGACCAGAUUUGUAUCGAACUUCUGGAAAGUUUGAGUUCUUGGACCGAGUUCUGCCAAAACUGAAGUCUCUAAACCACCGAGUCCUGCUCUUCUGUCAGAUGACAUCACUGAUGAGUAUUUUGGAGGAUUACUUCCUGUACAGAGGAUAUAGAUACCUGCGUUUGGAUGGAACCACGAAGUCUGAGGAUCGUGGACAGCUGUUGGAACUGUUUAAUCAGAAAGACUCCCCCUACUUUUUGUUUUUACUGAGUACCAGGGCUGGAGGCUUAGGUUUGAAUCUCCAAGCUGCAGACACUGUCAUAAUUUAUGACUCUGACUGGAAUCCCCAUCAGGAUCUACAAGCUCAGGACAGAGCUCACAGAAUUGGACAGAAAAAUGAAGUCCGGGUGCUGCGUCUAAUGACUGUGAACUCAGUGGAGGAAAAGAUCCUGGCUGCGGCUCGCUUUAAACUAAAUGUGGAUGAAAAGGUCAUCCAGGCUGGUAUGUUUGAUCAAAAGUCCAGGGGCUAUGAACGACAACAGCUCCUACAGUCCAUUCUAGAACAGGAAAAUGAAGAAGUGGAGGAAGAAGAUGAGGUUCCUGAUGAUGAAACGAUCAAUCAGAUGUUAGCUAGAACUGAGGAUGAGUUUGAUAUCUAUCAGAAAAUGGACAUUGAGAGAAGAAGAGAGGAGGCCAGAAAUCCAAAUCGGAAGCCCCGUCUGAUGGAGGAAGAUGAGCUCCCAACUUGGAUUUUGAAGGAUGAGAAAGAGGUUGAAAGAUUGACUUAUGAAGAGGAGGAGGAUAAAUUAUUUGGAAGGGGAUCUAGACAGAGAAAGGAGGUGGAUUAUUCAGAUUCUCUCACUGAAAAACAGUGGAUAAAGGCCAUUGAAGAAGGUAAUUUGGACGAGGUAGAACAAGUGAAACAGAAAACUAAGAAACCUAGAAAGAGGAAGGCUGAAAAGGAAGAGGAAACAAAACCAAAGAAGAGGCGAGGUCGUCCUCCAGUGGAGAAAUUACCUCCCAACCCACGCAAACUGACUUCUGUAAUGAAAAAAGUACUGGAUGUUGUAUUGAACUACAAAGAUAGAGAUGACCGAGUUUUAAGUGAAGCGUUUUUCCAGUUGCCAUCAAAGAAAGACUUGCCAGAGUACUAUGAGAUCAUUGCAAAGCCUGUGGAUUUCAAGAAAAUUAAGCAAAGAAUAAGAGAUCAUAGGUACCGUAGUUUAGAUGAUCUGGAGACUGAUGUUAUGCUUCUUUGUGAGAAUGCACAAUCCUACAACAUUGAGGGUUCUCUGAUUUAUGAAGACUCCAUAGUUUUGAAGUCAGUGUUUACAAGUGCAAGAGAAAGAUUAGAAAAAGAGGGAGUGUCCUACUCAGAUGAGAACAGCAGUAGUAACGAGGAGGAUGAAGGCGAGGAGGAUGAAGGGAAGGGAGAAGAGGAGGAUGAGGAAGAUGAUGAGGAGGAAGGACAUUCUUCAAGCAAGAAGCACAAAAGAGAUAAAUCUAAAAAGAAAAAAGAAAAAUCAGAUUCCAAAAAGAGAAAGUCUCGUUCCAAAGCGAAGCCAGUUAUCAGUGAUGAAGACGAGGAAACAGAUGAGGACUACGAGUAAUUAGCUAGAGAAUGGCUAUCAACAUGAAGAUAAAGAACGGCCAGGUGCUUUGUGAUACUGAAUUGAUUGGACUACAAACAUUUCUUCAUAAAAAAUUAUAUUUCAUGUAAAGUGUGUUUAGUUAUAUCAAAUGUCAUGUGUGUAGAGACAGAUUUUGUUGAAACAGUGCAAUGAUUUUGUAAAUAAAGUGUAGUAGUAAUUGUU